UCUUCUUGGUUUGGUACCAUUGACUCCUGGGAAUUGUGUGAUAAAUCUUAGUGCAGAUGUCAUGGGUUGGGCGAAGCCUUGAAGAGUCUGAGUUUGAGGUACCCUCUAAUUGCUAUCAAAUACUUUCUGAUUGCCUUUCAGUGAGUAAUCUCAGAUAUUUGACGACCCAUUUGAGAUUUUGGGCAUCAUGGCAAAUCUAACAUCGGUUUCUAGAUCAAUUUUAUUCCUUGUUAUUUCAGUGGGAGGCAUAGGUUUGUCUAUUGUGAUUGCAUUCCUAAUUGUUAGCUACAAUCCCACUUGUUUCAAUUACAGUUUUAGUGGGUGUUCUCUAGGUAUAUUCAAUUCAAUCCAGCCUUAUUUGGAUUCAAUAAAUGGAAAUCGAACCAAAGUUUUGGUUUAUAGACCUGAAUUUUCAGAACAAGGCCAUGGCAUAGUUAAGGAUGAAGACAAAGUGCCAGCAUUAGCUCCAGAAUUAUCCGCAGAUGCUAAUAAUUCUGUUUCUGUGAAUGAUAUCAAAGAUCAUAGUGUGUCAGUUUCAUCGGUUGAUGGUACUAAAACUGAUAGUUAUAUUGGGAUUGAGGUGCCAGCAUCUGCUCCAGCAUUAUCUAUUGAUGCUACUUCAAAUAGUAAGGAGCCUAAUGUGUCGAUUUCGAUUUCAUCUGAUUUUGCUGAUGAUUCUGGGGAAAAUGGUGAUAAAAUUGAUGGUUAUAUUGGGGUUGAGGUGCCAGCAAUUGCUCCAGCAUUAUCCUUGGAUGCUAGUAGUUCUGUCUCUCUAAAUGUUUUUGAUAUUAAGGAGCUUAAUGUCUCUGUUUCAUCUAAUUUUGUUGAUGAUUCUGGGAAAAAGGAUUCUAGAAUUGGUAAAAGUGCUGUAGAUUCUUUGAAUCAGACUGUUUCAGUUGCAGUUCUUCCUUCCCCUCCAAAAGUUUUGAAGGAGUCUAAGCCGAGAAAUUGUGAUCUCUACCAUGGGAAAUGGAUCUAUGAUCCAGCUGGGCCUCUCUAUACGAACAAUACUUGCCCUGUUUUCACACAACUGCAAAAUUGCCAGGGUAAUGGGAGACCUGAUAAGAACUAUGAGAACUGGAGAUGGAGACCUAAUGAAUGUGAGAUCCCACGAUUUGAUGGAAGGAAAUUUUUGGAGCUGAUGAGGGGUAAAAGUCUGGCUUUUGUUGGAGAUUCUCUUGCUCGGAAUCAGAUGGAAUCGCUACUUUGCAUUCUUUGGCAGACAGAAGUCCCCGUCGACCAUACCAAAGGUCACAUUAACAAAUGGCACUUCCGAUCAACCUCCACCAACAUCAUUCGAAUAUGGUCACAAUGGCUUGUCCACAAAACCGCCCACCCCUUCCCCGUCUCAACUCCACGCACCCUCAACGUUCACAUCGACACCCCCCACCGAAACUUCAUCGACUUCCUCCCCCAAUUCGAUGUUCUUGUCAUCUCCUCAGGCCACUGGUUCAGCACUGAAUCAACCUACCGCCUCAACAACACAAUCGUCGGCGGCCAACUCAGCCCCACCAAGAAAUCCUUCAAGGAUGUCAUCGAGUUUUAUGGCGUAGCAGUACAAACAGCCCUAAAUGCGAUUCUUGAAGCUUCAAAUUACACGGGGUUGACAGUAUUACGCUCUUAUUCACCCGAGCAUUAUCAACGUGGAGAAUGGAAUACCGGUGGAAAGUGUACUGGAAUUGAUAAGCCUGCGAGAGAAUCAGUGAGGAGUAGAAAUACAAACUCUAUGCAGAAAAUGCAGGUUGUCGAGUUUGAGAAGGCAGCGAGAAGGCGGACGAGUGGGUCAAAGUUGAAAUUUAUGGACGUUACGGAGAUGUCUGGUUAUCGAAAUGACGGCCAUCCUGGGAGGUAUAAUAGAAAUGUGAGCAAGGAAAAUGCACCAGAGGAUUGUUUGCAUUGGUGCACGCCAGGGGUUGUGGAUACUUGGAAUGAGGUUUUGUUUGAGAUUUUGAAGAGAGAAUUCUGACAAUAUACUCUGAUAUUUGCUACAUAUAUAAGUAUCUGUCUAUUAAAUUGGGUAGCUCCUUUUGGAAUCCAAGAUUUCUUAGAAUUCUUUAUUGUAAGUUAUGUUUAAUCAAACCUUAGACUAGGAUACUUGGAAUCAUAUUCAUGUUACAGAUCCCAAAAGUUUGGGAUAAAGACUUCAGCAUUGUUGUUGUUAAUUAAUCAUGUUAU